CCGGCUUUGUUUGGCGGUCGCUCUGUGAUGACGCAAUGCACAGCGACGGAUUGUGUCCAGCAUGUGUCCAGCUGUUUAGCCCGGGUCCCGGUCUGUGUCCCUGAUGGAAAGCACCCCCCCACCAGCCAAGAAGUUUAAAACCUCGUUGUCGCUGUGCGGCCAAAGGCGGGACCAUGCGUUCACCAAGGAGAUGGAGCAACAGCGGAGAGAGCUUCCCAUCUCCCGGGCUCGGGGCAAACUCAUCGGGCAGCUGCGGCAGCUGGAGACGGCGAUUAUCAUAGGUGAGACAGGUUCUGGAAAGACGACCCAGAUUCCUCAGUAUCUGUAUGAAGCUGGCAUCGGGCGACAGGGUGUCAUUGCCAUCACACAGCCCCGGCGAGUGGCAGCGAUAUCACUCGCAGCCAGGGUCGCCGAAGAAAAGAAAACUGAGUUAGGCAUGUUGAUUGGAUAUACUGUGAGGUUUGAAGAUCUCACCUCUGACAAGAGUAAAAUCAAGUUUUUAACAGAUGGGAUGCUGCUUCGUGAGGCAAUAGUAGACCCACUCCUUCGCAGGUACACUGUUGUGAUUUUGGAUGAGGCCCAUGAAAGGACUGUCCACACGGAUGUUCUCUUUGGCAUUGUGAAAGCUGCACAGAGAAAACGAAAGGAACUCAAUAAAUUGUCACUGAAGGUAAUUGUCAUGUCUGCCACAAUGGAUGUAGAUCUCUUCUCCCAGUACUUUAACGGAGCACCCGUUUUGUAUCUUGAAGGGAGGCAGCAUUCUAUUCAGAUCUUUUACACAAAGAAACCUCAGAGUGACUACUUCCAUGCUUCUCUCGUGUCAAUCUUUCAGAUCCACCAGGAAGCACCGCCUUCACACAACAUUCUAGUUUUUCUGACUGGACAGGAGGAGAUUGAGGCCAUGAGUAGAAUGUGCAGGGACAUUGCAAAGCACCUUCCACAAGGCUGUGCACAGAUGUCAGUAUUUCCUCUGUAUGCAUCACUCCCUCACCUACAGCAGCUUCGAGUCUUUCAACUGGGACAGAAGAACUGCCGCAAAGUGAUUCUUUCCACAAACAUUGCGGAAACAUCUGUCACGAUUCCUGGCAUCAAGUAUGUUGUUGAUACGGGGAUGGUGAAAGCCAAGCACUACACACCUGAGAGUGGAUUGGAGGUCCUUGCUGUACAGCAGGUUUCGAAAGCUCAGGCCUGGCAGCGAGCAGGGCGAGCAGGACGGCAACAUGCAGGAAUCUGUUACCGACUCUACACCGAGGAAGAGUUCGAAAAAUUCCUCAACAUGACUGUACCGGAGAUACAAAGGUGUAAUCUGGCGAGCGUGAUGCUUCAGCUCCUGGCACUUCGGAUCCCCAACAUCCUCACAUUUGACUUUAUAUCGAAACCAUCUCCAGAUGCGGUGCGAGCUGCCAUUGAACAGCUUGAACUGCUGGGUGCGGUAGAGCACAAAAACAACCAGAUCACCCUGACACCAAUGGGCAAGAAAAUGGCAGCAUUCCCACUGGAACCCAGAUUUUCUAAGACUCUCCUGCUGUCCCCAGCGUUUCACUGCACUGAAGAGGUCAUGACCAUUGUUUCAAUGCUUUCUGUGGACAGCAUCCUCUACAAUCCACAUGCAAGACGGGAUGAAGUGCACUGUGUGAGGAAGAAAUUCAUCUCUAGUGAGGGUGAUCACAUGACAUUACUGAAUAUAUAUCAGGCCUUUAAACACGUCGGAGGACAUAAGGAAUGGUGCAGAGAGAAUUUUGUGAAUAGUCGGAACAUGGCAAUGGUGGCAGAAGUUAGAAGUCAACUGCACGAAAUUUGUGCAAAGUUUGGAGUUCGUUUGGUGUCUUCUCGCUCAGACACUGGCAACAUCCGGCGGUGCUUGGCUCACGCUUUGUUUCUGAAUGCCGCAGAGCUGCAGCCGGAUGGGACAUAUGCAACUCUGGACACUCGGCAGCAUGUGGCUAUCCACCCCUCCUCAGUCCUCUUCCACUGCAAACCUUCCUACGUUUUAUACAAUGCGCUACUCCACACCUCCAAGUGCUACAUGCGGGACUUGUGUGUGGUGGAUGCUGAGUGGCUUUAUGAGGCAGCCCCAGAAUACUUUGGCAGGAAGUUAAAAGGAGUAAAAAGCUAAUAAAUCUGAAAAAGCCCAAGUGCAAUGACUGCUUUCAACAUAUCUGCUGUAGAGAGGAGCAUUGUUGGUUUUAGGAAGGCAAAUAACCACAGAGCUUUGCGCGGAGAAAUCUGCCUCGUUACAAGUAAUGCAGUUAUAAACAAAGCGGUUCUUGUAUGAACGAA